AUGAGCAGCAAUUCUCCUCCUCUGAUCUCACCUUAUAUACAACGAAAAAAUUCUGCCACUGGUGGGGCCAAAGUUCCAAGACGUCCAAAAGCCACAAAAUCACAUACAGCGCCUCCAGCCGCAGGUGGUCGAGUUACCAAACGUAAUAGUGUUAGUAAUGCUACGAAAACUGGAAAAGGCGAAAGUUCCACACGAGGCGUUGGCAGAGGUGGUAGGGGCGGUAGAGGAGGUAGUACCCGCGGCCGCAAGCCAAGUCUACAACGUCAGCAAUCUUCUGGAACUCUUAUGUUAGAACAUUUAGAGGGCACUGGCGUUCAUUCAACCACAACAGCUCCUGCUUCGAAUAUUGCACCUGCGAUGCUUAGAGAUUUCGCUCCACAGACACCUGGCGAAGAAAUAGAUCAAUAUAUUAGACGGGAUGAAGAAAUAACCGAUACUGAUUUUGAGAAAUCGAAUAAAGAUCAAACUGAACGAUUUGAAGUGUAUAGACGUUCGGCUUUGAGCAAACCAAAUGUCAAAAAGUUGGUAAGUGGUAUUCUGGGACAACCAUGCUCAAAUAAUAUUUCAAUUGUAGUAGCCGGAUUUUCCAAGAUCUUUAUUGGUGAAAUCGUUGAGAAAGCGUUGGACAUUAAAAAAGAGUGGGGUUCGGAAGGACCACUUUCGCCUAAUCAUAUACGAGAAGCGUUUAGACGAUAUAAACAGGAAACUGGAUUUACCA